CAGCAAUACAUCAUUCCCAGUGCCUCAACAACGAAAAAAACCCUCCUCCAUAUAUCCAUUUCACCACUGGCUCUCUCGAACCAUCGUCACUUUCCGCAGACAGAGCGGCUCAGCACAAUAGCAGACAGAAGUUCGUGUCGCUCGUCCACGUGCGGCGUGCAUGUCUGGCUGAUGUAGAGUGGAAGGUCGGUCUGUCACGCGCACUUAUCCUCUCAACACCAAGAACAUAUGCAGACAGACAGUUGCACCGUCUUCAAAAUGCCAUCCAUCCAAAAAGAGGACAUGGACCCCAUAUUAUGAUACAAACACGCAGACGAUGGCAUGCACACAUCGAUGAACACCGAGUUGACUCACAUGCAGGGAGGAGCAGAGACAUGCAGACACAUGAUGACACAUGAUGACACACAAACAGAAACAAACACACCAUCCUGCCCUGACACAUUCUGUCGCUCUGCGCACACCAAUCCCUCGGAGAUAGUGGCUGCAUAGUCGAGCGCCGGCCUCACUCCAGUAGCCAAUUGAAUGCACCAGUAGCGAAAAAAGCACUGACCAAAAGCGUUUGCUGUCAGCUGAGAAAAGGUCAAAAACGAGUCGGUGACGCGAGCAUUGAGUCAGUUUGGAAUUGUGGUCUCGACAAACUCACAGUCGACGCCCCUGCAAGCAGACACAGCCCAUAGGUUGAUGCAUGUAGCACGUGGUGGAUGGGUGCAGCUUGCUCACUCGCAGAUGUCGGCUAUGUGGUGGUAGAGGUCCGUGAUGAGUGGGCUGCACUGAGGGCUGCCGUUCAGGUCCUUGAUCACCAGAAGCCUGCGCAGACACACAUGCAUACGAUACAUCCAUCCAUCCAUCCAUUUUCGUUUGUCUGACCAGUAGUCGUAAGCUGCCUCCUGGCUGCUGAGCUUCGACAGCACAAACUCAUUCCUGCAGUAACACACACACACAUGUGGUUGCUGUUCUGGUCAAUCGUCUGCUCACGCACCGCGAGAGCCGAAACUUGUAGCUGGCCUGUGUUGUGGUCUUGAUUUCUAUGAAGGUCACUUUGGCGCCCAACGGCAGGGACGGUCGGGGCAGAGUGGCCCCCUGUCGCAGCCACGGCUUGGUCACAUCCAAUUGACCCAAGAACUCCUCAACGGCUGCCCUGGUGUGGUCUGUCCAUCCUCCAGCAGGCAAAUCGAGCAGCAUCAUAUCCUGAUAGACAAUUGACUUGUCCAUUCAUUCAUUCAUUCAUUCUUGUGUGUCUGCGUGAGUGUGCAUUACGAAAGGGAGGUAUCGCUCCUUCUUGGCGUUCAAGAAGAACACGCAGGACAUCUUCAUGCCACCACCCUCUGCAGCAGCAGCAGCAGCGGGCAACAACGUUAAUACUAUGAAUGUGCCGCGCUCCUCCUCACCUUCGGUGAGCGUGGCGACGUACACAUCAUUGCCGAUGGAAUUGUCGCCCGAACGAUACCCCAGGCUCGAGAGGACCUUCGGAAGGAAUAUUUCAAACGCCAUAAGCUCACCAUCCCUGUGCACAGACACAAAUGCGAGCUUUCCAUUGCAUUCACACGUUUAGCAAGCCUACCGUCCAAUCUGUCGCAGCACGGCGUCGCUGGGUACUCGAUGGGUCACUGUCACAUACUCUUGGGCACUCAACACCACUCUGUUGGCAGACAAACAGACAGCCAAUAACACCAGCUUGAUGAACCACAGGUAAGGCCGCUUACCUCGUCUGUCGUCGGCCGAGCUCGUCCUCAGUCAGAGUGAGGCCCCCUUGAGCCGUGCGACGUCUCACACCAGCUCUGCAGACAGUAAGAGACGUUUCUCACACCCGCCUUUUUCAUUCAUGGUUCCUUACCGCAUUGUGGGCUGCUCGACUCGUGCUGGCUCAUCAUCAGAGCUCCCGUCAUCACACGCAGCCGUCGACAAUACCAACGCAGAGCCGCCCAUGGGAAUGCGGCGUGCCUUCAGCAUCAUUCUAAGGGCGUCGUCGGACGCCAGGCCGACCAGCAACCUGCACAAAGACAGAAACACACAAAGAUAAAACAAGUCACCCACAAAUGAAGAAAGCUCUUGUGUAAGCCGCUAACCAUUCUUUGAUGGCUUCGAAAGGCUCUUUGGUGGCUUCGAAGAGCUGCUCGGCGAUAUGAUACGUUGUUUCUGUGGUCGGGUCGACAUACAGGGUCAGUGUGGCGUCUCGGAGAGGUCCUUGAGGCCCCUUGGACGAGCGCCCAGGGGCCACAGAGGGGGGCGUCAGCAGAGCUGCAGGAUUGGACUCGAAGCUCUGCUGCCGCCCAGAUACACACAUACUGAAAUGCACCUGCAGAAAGAAAGCAAUUUAGGCGCUGGGCUGCGGAUCGGCCUCCGGCUGACCUUGAGGGAGUCAACGUGAACCUGAAAUAGUCCACAAAGCAGUAAGUCAAUGGAUCGACAAGCACACUCUCAUGCCAAGGUGACUGACCUCUCGUAUGUCGCCUUUUGCAAGCAGCAGCAGGGGAUGGUUCGCGUCCUCCUUCUCUAUCCUGGCCAUCUCUUUCGGGUAUUGGUGCUUGCACACGUGCAGAAGGGCUUCUCCAAAGAAUGGGCUGAGACGCUUGGCGGCUUGUGGGACCUCAUCUCCGAUAGAGUACGUGAUCUCAGCGCUGUAGCAAACAAGGAGCAGGGCGCCAUCAGUGGCUGCUGAGGUAGUACACGUCGUCCUUACAACUUGGAUAGUCGUCUCACUCCCAGGUGGGUCUCAAGGAAGUCUUGCAUCAUCGGGUAUGGCGCGUACGCGAUCGGCAUGUCCGCUGCAGACGAGCCCACGGGCAACCUGCCACAGCAGAAUUAUGACAAAGGCAAAAUGCAGUGGCUCGGCGCGCAUUCACCGACCCUACUCAACGUCGUGUGAGAGGCUCUCUGACUACCCGUCUGUGUGUGUGUCGUGGAUGAAUAUUUGUUCCGGCGGGAAGAAGCGCCUCUGGUUGGAGUCCCAGACAGAGAGCUGCCGCAAGCUGAGCUGGUGGGCCCUCUGCUGAAGUGUAUCAAUGGCUGUGACAAUGAAGUCCUGCACACGUGACAGAGAGAGUGCUCCCUUGCUCUUUUAGAUCGAAUAGAUCUGCGAGUGAUGUACCUCGACGCUCUUCUUGGCGUUGCCGCUGGUCAGGUUCGGACACUGUUUCCGCCACCUGCAGCACCGGGGGAAAGACCAAGACGGUGUCUGGUGUGUGGCCCCUGAUUCAUUUCUGCUCACAGGAGUUCAUAGUGGGAAGCCUCUGGCUCUCGAGGGACCAACUGGGCACAAGAGCAAAAGAGAAUGCCAUGAAUUGACGUAUUGACGUUUGUUUUGCAGUCUACUUGUUUCAGGAAUGGCUUGAGCAGCUCUCGGAACUCAGGAUCGAUGCAGUCAGAGAGAACGCGGACCACACUCUCCUCACCCACGAAGAACCCAGUGGGAUCACGCCACACAAGCGUCUCGGGCGACAGGCUGACAACGAGACGCAGUGACGCACAGCGAUAGCCGUGUUGUGCUGUGCUGUGCGUUGUGGCGGCAGACCUCAUCCAUGUGGCAUAUGUCGAGCCUUUCCAGGGCAUCGCAAACAGGUUGAGCCCCUCAUCCUGCAUCGCCUUUCUCAUCAGCGUCCGCCCGCUCAAGUACCGCCCGCUGGCUGCGGCCAUGCCCAUCGUCAUCUCCUCAUCCAUCAAGUUGCUCAUCAACGAGUACACCUCACUCAGCUGACGCAUGACGUCUUUGGUCACUUGUGUCCGCUGAAGUGUCGGUGCCAGCUGCUUGAAGCGGAUCAGGAUGGGCUCGACAGCGACAGUGAGGUGCACUCCCAAACAGCUGAGGACUCCAGCGAUGGGAUCUGUAUUGCCGCCGAUGCUGAGAGGCGAAUGAGGAAAGAGGCCUUCACCGCCGAGGACGCCAUCAUGGAGCUUGGGAAGGCUCAACAGAGGGGGGAGGUCGAUGUCGACAAACCAAACCUGGAGGCAGACACAAGAAGGUGGGCACAUAAGCGGAUGAUAGGAAGGGCAUUCAUUCAUUUGUGUGCUCUGACCUCGUUAGGUCGACAGACACAGGUGGAGCCGUCAUGGAGAACGGCCGGCAACCAGCGGGAUGUCAUGAUAGGCUCCGCAAACGGAGCGAAGCGGCCAAAGGACGCGAAGUGGCCUCCACUGGAAGGUUGACGCCAGGACAUCACGAGCAUGUCCCGUAUAUGUCCCGUUCGUGUGCGUGUGUGUGUCUUACUAGAGCCGAUGAUGGGCGAGGACCUGGAGGAAGCACCGCACCCUCUCUACCUCCUUCGCGCCAACGACAGCUGGCUCUGGCCCCAUCCAGCUCAGCGCCCCAUCCACAGGUGGACACACCCGAAUGGUCAAUGGGUGGAUUUUGCGGACGAAACACGUCAGCUCCUCGUCGUAGUCGCUGCUGAGGAUGAAGAGCCCCUUCUUGUCACUAGGUAGGGGAAAGACGGUCUCGAGCGAAGUGUUAAGAGAGAGACAUAUGGGCCCCGAGCGACUUGGUGAGACGAUCUUCUUGUCGGGCUGCGCGAUUGACGCAUCGUGGACGAGAACGGGAAGAGAUGGGAAGCGGUCUUUUGGCAGGUUGCUGGCAAGGAACUCAGUGACAGCCAUAAGCGAUCUGUAGAAGGACGGCGUGACGAGCUGUGCAUAAUAUGGGCUUUGGGCUUUCAUCUUUGCUCGCUCACUUGAUGGCGUUCUGGUCUGUGGGUGACCUGAGAGCGUCUGCCUCGCAGGCAUCCACCAACCACCUGCAAAGGAAUACAAGUGCAUCACGUAUACCUGAAGAUAUUGGAAUGUACUUUGCGUAGUUGUCCAGAUUCAUCUCUUGGACACCUGCAUGACACGGAAACGUCCUCAUAUGCACACGUACAUCUCGAAGGCUUGCAGGUCCUCACCCAGAUGCUUGAUGAGCCACUGACGCGACUUGUAGGUGAGCCGCUUCGCCACCUCCUCGCACACGAAGUAGCACGACACCUGCAUCAGCCAGCGAUUUCCACGUCAUCCAGCACAUGGAUUAGGAGGAGUGAAAGCUGCCCUCACCGUCUCGGCAAUACGUUUGUCUUCAAUCUGGGUGAAUUGAUGGGAGAAACAGACACGCUUGCGGCCAGGGCGAGCCUCGUACGGAACGCAGAAGCCUGCAGCAGCCAGGAAACCAUACUCGAGACCGACCAAUUGUCACCUCAUCUGUGUUGUCCACUGGCUCACCGACGGACGUCUUGAUGGUUGGCAUAUCUUCGAGAAAACGCAUCGCCCCCGCUCCCACAAGAUCCUCCAGAUAGAUGUACACUUGCGCGAUCUCAUCGUCAGAGAGGCCCUCGAGUGACGAUAUGCCCCGCCCGCCCGUGGCGCCCCACCCCUUGGCGUCGAACAGCAGUUGCAGUGGCACUUUGACCACACCAAGGGCCUCAAGCAGCUCCGGCUCAAGCGUGAAGCCAGGGUGUACAAGCUGAACGUGUCUGAUGGCGCGGAAGAGGGCUGCCUUGGACGGCAUGGACGGCAGCGGCAGCGUGUGCAGAGCGGACGGCAUGGAAGGGGGCAGAGGGGACGUGUGUGAUGGGAGGAUGGGAAGUGACUUGGCACCAUUCAUGAUCUCUUUGGCAUAAACGAGGAACUCCUCCUGGACAUCCUUGCUCGAGAACGGCAGCCACAUCAGUACCAACUUCAAGUCGUCCUCAGACCUGACAAAAGAGGCAAACAGGUGGAUGCGUCCGUGCGCUGAUUUGUUGCGUCUUACUCGGCUCCUACUUGAUGUUGUUGACGCAGUGUUCGAAGAACUUGAGGCACAGCUCGGGGACCUUCUCCAGCACGAAGCGAUUGAAGGCGUCGGUGAAGUCCAAACUCUCCCGACUACACGACACGACACGCAGAUGGCCACGGUGCAAUGUCGCUCCACUCUGCCUGUGCUCUCCUCUCACCUUGCAGUGGCGACGAAGUCUCUUGAGUUGAUGAUGAAAGGCAAUCCACUCUGCUGAGUUGUCGGCAGGCCCACGAAGACGGUCGGCAGCCGUCGGUCCGACUUGGCAUCUGGCCUCGAUGAAAAGGCAAGGGCGAUGGUCGUCUUGUCCACUUUGCUCGUGCUGCGCUGUGCGGCAUCCUACAUUAAGGGAGACCACAUGCGAGCAAGGCAGCACUGCACGACGAUUUUCCUUAGUGCUGCUGACCUCCGGGACGUUGUACGUGCCCUGGUGGAUGAAGAAUGAUUCGUGCACGCCGCCAGUGCCUGUCAGCUCCCGCACGAUGCCGAAUUGCUGCAAGACAAGCGGGACAAUGCAGAAAUAGAGGUCUGAACGUGUUUCGUUGCCCUUACGUGGUGCGACUCGACGCACUCGAGCUUCCUGCUGGCCGUCAACGCCCCCCCAAUCUUCUCGACGACCUGGACCUCGAUACACUUGAGCUUGUCCAGAAACAAGAGGAUGCGGGGCGAGAUGGACAGGAGGUCGUCCUUGACUCUCUGGGGGUCGACUGAGAGCGGCAGACGGAGGACCGUCUCGUUGGGCUUGUCCCCCACCCAAAAGGCGAAACGAAUGACCGAUGGAUGUGGGCACUCAAUCCACCUGGGGGAAGGGAAGAAGGAUGAUGAUGGUUCUUGGUCCGCCUGUCUUGUCACCCUGCUUACUGGGGUAUGACGAAGGUCUCCUUCGAGAGGGAGAACCGGAAUCCACCGCUGAAGAUCUCCGGAGCGUCAGCGGCUCGAAACACUGACUUGAAACCUGCACUCAUCAGUCAGGUAGAUGUUUGCAUUUCCGCGACUGUUGCGCCGUUGCAUCAGCGUACCGAUUCCCUUCUCGCCUAUAGUGCCCUCUUCGCUUCUGUAUGCCUUCUUGGUAGACAAGUUGACGUCGCAGAGCGACUGGACGUUGGCCUCGGUCAUGCCUUUUUCGUUGUUGUAGACCAGCAGGGAGGGGUCGGAAGGGUCGGUGUUGAGGUAGAAGAUGAGCGUGGGCACACAUGAUGCGUCAUAAGCAUUGUCCUCGGCGUUCUGGAUGAGCUCGAUGGCGAAGCGGCCCGUAGAUGAGUAGAGCUGCUCUGAGAGAAGCUGCACACAGACACAGACACACACACACACACACAGAGAGAGAGAGAGGCCGUGCAUUCAAUGGAUGUGCCUCACUUAGUGUAUGUGCAGUUGACUACGUCAAGGCCCGCUGCAGCAUGGGGUUCAUGAGUGCCUCUUUCUCCUUGCGGACUUUCUCCAAGAUGGCACGCUUCGCGCCAUUGUUGUCACCCUGACCGAUGCUCGAAACACCAGACCUGUGGGUAGAAGCAGAAAGCACAACAACAACGGACAUCGUGGAUGAAGAAAGAUGUGUGCGCGUGUGUGUCGUCCUUACGGGCUGCUCACAGACGACAUGCUCCCUAGAUCUGGCAACACAGGCAGCACUUCGAUGCGAACGAGAGUGGCAGGAAUAAAGGUUACAACAAGCAGGAAUAGGAAUAAGUCAGCGAUCUACUGGCUGUCUCUAGCGCAAUUCACCCAUGACUCAUGCAGUCUCGUCUGUGGCUGUACAAUUCAAUUCGCUUUGCGAGGGAACAGACACAACCAGGCACUUGUCUGUCGCUUCAUUUGCACACCGAUAGCAUAGCACUGCACUCAUCAAAAGGUCAAAAACGACCUGUAUGUGUGCACAUCUGACUGUCCGCCUGGUCACAUCUCGGCGUGUCCUGGAUGCCUUGGAAAGGGGAUGACGUCUCGUAUGUUGUCGACCCCUGUCACGAGCAUGAGCAGCCUCUCGAAGCCCAGCCCAAAGCCGCUGUGCGGAAUGCUGCCGUAGCGACGCAAAUCCCGGUACCUGAGUGACAAGGUGGUGCAGACAAGACGAGAUGUAGUAACGAUGGAAGGAGGGAGUGAGUAUGUGUGCGUCGGUGGCGUACCACCAGUAGGUGUCCUUGUCAAGGCCGCACUCCUCUAACCUCCUGCAAGACACCAAACAACAGAGACGGCGGACUCUUGAGCCAGUCAGGCUCAUGUGGUCCAUCAAUGUGUACCUGUCCAGAACGUCGAGUCGUUCCUCCCUCUGCGAUCCGCCGAUGACCUCUCCGAUUUUGGGCAGGAGUACGUCCAUGGCGGCGACCGUCCGGUCGUCGUCAUUCAGACGCAUGUAAAACGCCUUGAUCUCCUUGGGAUAAUUGUACACGGUGACGGGCUUGCCGAAGACCUUCUCAGUGAGGUGCCUUUCGUGCUCCGUGCCGAGGUCGAUGCCCCAGUCGGGCGACACGUCGAAUGAGACACUCCCAGAUGACACCUGAGAGGGCAGGGGAGAGUGUGGGUGCAUCUGCAUGUGUGUGGUGUGUGGUGGGUGUUGUGGCUCUACCCUACCUCCUUCUGCAAGAGGUCGAUGGCUUCCGUGUAUGAGACCCGCCUGUAGCCGCCUUCCACCUGCACCAGAUGGAAGGAAGCCACAGAUGGGUGGACACAACACACUUCAGUGUCAGUGUGUGCCGUUGUUUUCAUCUGCAUGCUUACGAGCUGUUCCAGCCUUUCGAGCAGCGACUUAUCCACCCUGCAGACAACACACCGACAAGCCAAUCGAGGCGAGAGAUUCCUCAGUCGCGUUAGUGUGCGUGUGUGCUGACCACUGAUUGAAGAACUCCAGGUCAUUCCCGCAGUGCUCCAGCGCCCACCGCACACAGUAGGCCAGAUACUCCUCGGCACACGUCAUCGUAUCCGACAGCUCCGCAAAGGCCAUCUCCGGCUCGAUCAUCCAAAACUCGGCCAAAUGCCGAGCGGUCUGACACCCCACACCCAUGCGCAAAGACAGACAGACACACACGUCCACCCACCCAUCCCUCAGCACGUGCGGCUCCCUUUGUUCGCUGACAUUGGAGUUUUCCGCCCGGAAUGUUGGCCCGAAUGUGUAGCAGUCGCCGACGGCACAGCAGUAGUUCUCGACAGCCAGCUGGCCUGACACCGUCAGGUAGGCCGCCUUUUGGAAGAAGUCCUUCGAGUAGUCAACCGAUCCGUUCUUGGUCAAAGGGAGGGAACGGUCACGGGAGAGGUCUCCCGGCAAGAGAGUUGUCACCUGCACCCAUGCAUCCGCAGACAGACGCAGUGGCGCAUGAAGUGCGAGUUUGGUGCAUGGGUCUGACCGACCUGGAACAUCUCUCCUGCCCCCUCGCAAUCAGAGCAGGUGAUGAUGGGCGUGUGGAUGUACAGAAAACCACGUGACUGAAAGGAAAGGCCAACACUCACAUGAUCACACAACACACCCAGCAUUUCAGCCAGCCCAUGGCAACCAGCUCAGCUCACCUGGAAGAAGUUGUGUGUGGCCUCCGCCAUGGCCGAGCGGACCCUCGUGACGGCCCCCAUCAGGUUGGUCCGCGGCCUCAAGUGGCUGAUGGUCCGUAGGUACUCGCGAGAGUGCCUUUUCUUGGCCAGGGGGUAGUCCUUUCCCUCAGUGGACGAGUAAAUCGUGAUGCUUGUUGCCUGCAGCUCCACCUUCUGCUCACGGCCCUUGGACGCCACCAGCUCUCCUUCGAAGCGGAGAGCGCUGCCCGUGCCGCACUUGACCAGCCUGUCGAAGCCGUCGACCGACCCAUCCACCACCACUUGCAGCCCUUUCAGAGUGGAGCCGUCAUUCAGCUCCACAAAGGCGAACUUGCCCCCGCCAGCCUCACGGAUAGUCCGCGACCAGCCGGCCACAGCGACGGUGCUGCCGAUCUCCUUCUCGCCUCCAUCAGGCGACAGCAGGAUGCUCGCAAGCCGCCGCCGACCGCCAAAACUUGACGCCGCAACUUGACGGGUGGGGAGGGAGGGUGAGGGAGCUGGAGGCGGAGAGGAGCUGACAGCUGACGACUCAUCGCCGUUGAUGCUGUGUGUCUGCACAGCUGCCGCUGCUUUAGCUGGCGGCUCUGCGACGGCUGCCACAGGGGUGCCUUGUGAUGAGUCAUCGAGCUGCCUUCGCGUGGCUGUCGGCCGCCUCGGGUGGAUGCGGCUGAUCCGCGGUCGUGACAGGAAAAGUGGGAGAGGGGAUGAGGCGACGGACAGCAGGGGAAAGAGAAACGAUGACGACAGAUGCAUUGCUGUCGGCUGAAUCAGGCCGUCAAGCGAGAGAUCCACUGCAGCAGGCCUUCAUGCGCAUUCGGGCAGCAUCUGCAGUGCCUUCUUCUCUUCGGUUUGCUCUCGGGGAGUGCGAGCUUUCUUUGCGAGCUUAGCAAUUUCGAUGAGUCAAACACCACCAAAUCAAACCGCUGAUCCUCCCUGGC